UUACAAAUAUUAUAAAUAAGCAGACUUUUUAAAGGGAUAGUUCACCCAAAAAUGAAUAUUCUGUCAUCAUUUACUCAAGUAGUUCCAAACCUGUAUAAAUUUCUUUCUUUUGCUGAACACAAGAUAUUUGGAAGAAUGUCAGUAACCAAACUGAUCUCACCCCCCAUUGACUACUGUUUUGGAAAUUAAUAUUGAUAGUACUAUUUAUCUGUUUCAAUGUUGUUAUUUGCUUGCUUUUAAGUUAAGGCCAUAUUUGCUUGAACACUUGAAUGAUUAUGAAAUUAAGUAAAUGCAAUACUUCCUUUGUUUGUUAUAAGAUAAGAUGACUAAGAAACAGUUGUGAAAGUUAGGUUUUUGAGUUUGAUGAUUGUAACCAACAACAAAGGGUAACAAUAAGGAUGAAGAAAGCAUGUUGCAACCUCAAGCAGAGGUGAGCCAGAUGAAGACUUCGGUGAAGAAGAGUGCUAAAAGACGACGACAGAGUAGGUGAUAAAGGAAGGACAUCCAUCUUAGUAAGCAAGAGAUACACAGACUGAUACGCCUACAGCAGGAAGAUUGGAUCAUUCCUGAAGGACUUCAACCAGCCGGUGGCAGAACAAAGAAAUUCAAACAUUUUGGAACAACUUGAGGAUUUUUCUGAAGUUUGGAAGGACACUUUUUAGCAGGCUGGUUCCAGAUAUUCUGUGGGAAAGCAGGCUGCGGUUGUUAACAGAGAAACAUUUCUGCGUGAGAGAAGAAUAUCCAUGGUUUGGUGCGUCUGUGCGGAUCAUGAUGUGAAGCACAGGAGGAUGUCUACACAACUAUCCUCAAGAGGGAUGGCAAUCACACGAUUAAGUAGCUGGACUUUGGACUUUUGGAGUCGUCUGGAUUAUGUUUUCUUCCUGGUUCUGCUCCUGGUGUGCCAUCCAGUAACAUCGAUCACACCUAACACAACAACUGACUAUCCUGCCAUCUCAGCAUAUGCAUUAUCUUCAGCCACAAAUUUGACAACAGUUACUGGAGGAGCCACAGAUAACAUUACCAGUGCACAUUCACCUAUAACUGAAAGUCCCAGUAACUCAUCGACAGUGCCAUUAACAACAAGCCCUUUUACCGUGCUAAAUACAACAAAAACAAUGACGGAUACCACAGCCACAUCUUCUAACAUGAGCACAACAAUCCCAGCAAUGACACUUACGACAGAAUUACACAGCACUGAUAAUCAAACCACGGAAACUACACCAUACACAUCCAUUGGAAACACAACUUUUUCUGAAACGACUACAAUCUCCGCAUCCACUGAAAACACAACAUUUUCUGAAACAACCACAAACUCCACAUCCACUGAAAACACAACUUUUUUUGAAACGACUACAAUCUCCGCUUCCACUGUAAACACAACUUUUUCUGAAACAACCACAAACUCCACAUCCACUGAAAACACAACUUUUUUUGAAACGACUACAAUCUCCGCUUCCACUGUAAACACAACUUUUUCUGAAACAACCACAAACUCCACAUCCACUGAAAACACAACAACCACAAACUCCACAUUUACAGCAACACCCGAACCAUCAUCCUCUGCCAAUACAACUGAUACAACACCACUGCUGACAACCAUUAACCAAACAUUUACCACGAACGAUACAGCACCCACACAUUGUCAAAGCUGUACAAAUGUAUUUUACUGGAUGACUACAUCUGUAGAGGUAAUGGGAACACCCCAAAGUGAACAAAAUGUCACAACACAGCUUGAGGAGCUAUUCAGACGCGAACUAGAUGCAUGUGCAACUCCCGUUACAAGGUCUAUUCGUGGUAGUAUUUCUGAAAGUUCAGUAACAGAAAAACUCAGCCUGUUUGAAGCCAUGGAGCUCACGUGCGAUCAAAAAAAUAUUACAAAGAAUGCACAAUGCUAUAUUCUUCUGAAGCUGACAGCUCAUCUUAAUAUUUGCUGCAUUAUAAAUACUGUGAUGGAGAUGAACUCGAGCAUCAGGGUCAGUGUGGUGGGACAAAUAGAAAGAGUGGGUGUGUGUGCAGAUGACAUUACACAGAUCUCAGCUGGACAAUAUGACAAAUGCAAUCAAUCAUUCGAUCAUGGUGUUAUAUGUAGUGCAGAACAACCACAGAACAUCACAUGUGGAAACAGUACAAAUGUGAUUUUUCCACUUAAUAUUGAUGCUCCGGAGGUCUGUCCUACUAGCCCACCAACACCAACAUGUUAUUGUUCUUCACACUGCAAUAGCUCAGAUUAUUACUAUUACACUAACAUUUCUUUGAUUGGUGUAACGUCCAACAUUACAAGCCAAAUUCUUGAUUUUUUGAAAUACCCAGCAUGCCAAAACAUGUCAUCUGUUUGUAACAUUUCACAAACUUUCAUAAGUCACAUUCAGGACUCACGAAUGAUUUGUGAAUACGACGUGAUAGAGAGGCGCAUUUGUAAAGUUAUAGUUAAACUAGACACAGCCAUGGACGUGUGUGAUAUUCGCACAGCUCUAGAGGCCAUCUUAAAACCACAAAAUGACUCUGUGAUCUUUGACGGAGUUGUGAGCAGAGUGGCAAUCUGCUAUAAUACUUCUUCGGAUCCUUUACGACAAACUCUCAUAUGGCAGCCAUCUUUGAGUACAAAUUUCAGUUCUGAAGUCUUCUGUAUGGAGUCAAACCGAGAAAACUUUAAUGAAUACUGCUCAGUGGGCAAUACAGUCAUUCCCCUAAAUGACAGUUGUAAUUUAUCUACAACCCCAGUCCAAAACAUCACCACAACUCUUCCAUCUUUUACAAGUACCUCACUCUCAAACAUAACCAUCAACUCUACAGCCAUACUGGUGUCGACUUCUGUGAAUGUAACAACUUUACCUGCUAAUGUAACAACCUCAGUGUCCUCGACCACAUCAGGGACAUUAGAUGCUGAUGAACUGUUGAAGUUGAGUGCAAAUGCUUCAUCUUUAAAUGCUACUCAGGUGGACAAGCUUUUAUCACAGCUAGAGUCACUUUUAUCUGGGCCCAAUGUCAGCCUGGCUGUGGCAAACACUUCCGUCAAUAUUGUCAACAACCUCCUUGAUGUUCCUGUAGCUGUAAUCACUCCUUUCUCAAACAGGGCCAUUAAGGUUGUGGACACAGUGGGUCUUAAACUGGUUGUAUCAGAGACGAGUCAGUCAGUACUUUCACAAUCACUGGCUCUGGCAGUGAAGAAAGUUGAUGGGGCCAACUUUCAGGAGACGUCCUUCUCCUUAGUGGAAUCAUCUAACCUGCAGAUUCGAAGUAACCCCGGUAAGACUGAAGCCCUGUCCAGAGACAUUGCGGUUAGGGUUGGGUCCACUCCUCUGGGUUCAGUCACCCUCCCAGCGUCCCUCACGCAGAACCUCACGGAUGAACAGCAGCAGCUCGCAUCCAGAGUCCAGUUCAACUUCUUCCAGAAGAGCACCUUCUUCCAGGACAAAUCACUAGGAAGCCGUAAACUAAACAGCGGGAUUUUGGGUAGCAGUGUGGCUAACCUGAGCAUCUCAGGUCUACAGAAGGAAGUGCUGAUAACCCUGCGAAACACAGAACCCAUUCCGGCUAACUAUGUAGCUUCCUGUGUAUUCUGGGACUUUAGCUUUAAUGGUGGCUCGGGCGGCUGGAAUGCUGCUGGGUGCCGUGUGCUUAACUCUUCUGCUGAAGAAACGCAGUGCGCUUGCAAUCACCUUACCAGCUUUGGUAUUCUGCUAGACAUUUCUAGGACUCCCAUCCCUGAAGAGCAUCUCAACAUCCUGACAUACAUUACAUACAUCGGCUGUGGCAUUUCGGCUAUUUUCCUGUCUAUCACCCUUCUCACUUAUCUGGCCUUUGGUAAACUGCGCAAAGACAUCCCGUCUAAGAUCCUUAUUCAGCUGUGUUUGGCCUUGCUGCUGCUCAACCUGGUGUUCCUAUUGGACGCUUGGUUAGCUCUGUACCCAGAUGCCGUGGGUCUUUGCAUCUCCACUGCUUUUUUCCUGCACUACUUCCUUCUGGCGUCUUUUACCUGGAUGGCACUGGAGGCCGUCCACAUGUACCUGGCCAUCGUGAAGGUGUUCAACACCUACAUCUCCCGCUUUAUGGUGAAGAUCGGAUUUGCUGGUUGGGGCAUUCCUCUCAUCGUAGUCAUAAUCGUCAUAGCCAUUAACAAAGACAACUAUGGCCUUGUGACAUAUGGGAGGUAUGCAGAUGGAGGAACAAAUGAUUUUUGCUGGAUAAAAAACGACAUUGCUUUCUAUGUUGCCGUGGUGGCGUACUUUUGUCUCGUCUUCCUGCUGAACUUCGCCAUGUUUAUUGUGGUGAUGAUCCAGCUGUGCCGCAUUAAGAAACAGAACCCUCACAACGCGCAGAAUCGCAGCGGCUGGCACGAGGUGCGCAGUGUAGCUGGACUCACCAUGCUUCUGGGCCUCACCUGGGGCUUCGCUUUCUUCGCCUGGGGUCCUGUUAACCUGGCCUUCAUGUACCUGUUUGCCAUUUUUAACACUUUACAAGGAUUCUUCAUCUUUGUGUUCCAUUGUGCAAUGAAAGAGAACGUCAGACGACAAUGGAGGACAUACCUGUGUUGUGGCAGACUGAGACUGUCAGAAAACUCAGAAUGGAGUCGCACAGCAACUCAGAAGAUAAACAAAGCCUCCAAGGAAAAGACGUCUUCAUUCCAUUCAUCAAAUUCGAACAAUUCUAGCUUAUCUUUCCUGAACCAUGACAGAUUGGCUGAAACGCAAAGGGGCAUCGGCAACCCGAUGGAUGACAGGAUAAUAACUGCAGCAGAAGAGCCCGUCUCAGGUUCUGACGUGGUAAUGAAUGAGAUCAAUGACCAGUACUGGGGUCAAAGGUCAUACUGAAUGAACUAACCACAGCCGGUGUGAGUGUGUGUGCAUGUAUGUGUGUCAUAAGGUCCAAUGAGACACUGUAUUUCACUUAUCUUUUAAGUUUACGUAAAGUAUUGUGUGUUGAAUGUACAACAGAAAAGAUAUAUAUUACUUCAGAUUAAGCACUUUAAUCAAUGCUAUUAAUUAAUGAAGCUACCACCACAAACCUUUUAAACCAACAAAAAUGGUUUAGGGUGAGGAGUUCAGUAGAAUUGUGUAUGAAAUUAAAUGAUGUGCUUAUAUUGUUAGGGUUCAAUGACUUAUUUUAUGUAUCCGUGAGUCUGGAAUAUUCAAUUCAUGUAUGUUGUCAUAUGUAUUUUAAUUUUUGUAUUUUUAAAGCUUUUCAAAAAUAAUGAAUUGUACACUUAUGAGUAUAACAAAAGUUGUGGAGUGCCUGUCUGAAAUAAGAUUUUGAAGACAUUUAUAGUGUUACAAAAAAUUCUAUUUAAAAUAAAUGCUGUUCAUUUGAA